AUGGCGGGAAUGGAGGGGGGGGAAGGGUGCGUCUUCCGCUAUGAAGGGCACGAAGACGACCAGCCUCUGUUAUGGCGAGAUCCUCUCAAUGAUCUCGUCGGUGCUCUCAACGAGUUGAUGGUCAAGAGGAAGAAGAAACUCGGCCCGGUGCUGAGCCAGGCUGCCAACAUGGAGGACAUCCCCCUGGACGACGAAGAGGAUUACCGGCCGAGAUCUGUGCGGGUGGGCCCUCCUAUCAAGACCGGCCCAGGAGCGACAGGCCGUACCUUGCUGGAUCCAAUGCGCUGGGAGGGUCUCGACCAGGACGAGGAAUGGGAGGCUCCUCCUGCUCUUGGCGAGGAUGGCGAUGAGUAUGCCCCCCAGGAGCCACAAGGAGCCAUUCUUCGCUCACAGCCGAAAGAAGACGCUAAGAUGGCAAGGAGGGAGCAAAGGAAAAAACUAAAGCAGGAACUGAUAGAAAAAGAGAAAGAGCUUCAAGAAGUUCGAUCUAGGAUCUCUGCUGACGAGGUUUUGCUGCGCCUGAGGAAGCAGCAGAGCAGCGAGCUUGGCUCCUCCAUGUCGGAAUGCCAUGAAGGAGAAGAGCAAGCAAACACCUGGAUCAAAGCACUCGAGGAAGUGUUUCACAAAAGAACAGCAAAGCUGCAAGAGCAUGAUGGAAAGAUUUCCCUUACGAAAAAUCACAUUGAACAGUGCGAGCACAUGCUCUCAGACCUUGACCUGGAGAGACGCGCUGCCGUCUCAAAGUACAUCUCGGAUGAGCAGACUUUCAGCAAUACGGUCAAGGUGGAAAACAAAACGAGCGAUAUCUGGCGAGCUCUUGAGGAAGAGAUUCGUACUUCACACAAGAAGUCGGAGGAAUCUGUAAGCAAGCGACAGCGAGAGCAUCUGAGGCUUAGCAAACACUUGCAAGAUCUCGUUGUUGGUGAGACUUUGAAAGAAGUGCAAGACGAGGGGAAGGAUCUCAAUAAGUACUGGAAGCGCAUCUCCAUCGAUCAAGAGAUGCUUGUGGGAGGGGCGGUAGCCCAGGUGGAUGCAGAAGAAAGGGCGAGAAGUCAUCUUGUGGGUCAUGGGGAGAGAAUCCGAUCAAAGCUCGAGAUUGCCAACGGCAACCUGAACGCGCAGAAAUCGGUCAUUGAAGAUCAGAACAACAUGGACGAGGAGCUCAAGGAGAAGACAGACGAGGUUGAGUCGAAGAUCCGGACGAUACAGAUCGAGAUCGACGAGCUGGAGGAGGCAAAGGCUUCGCUUGAGCGGCAACGCGACGAAGUGCAUCAAGUCUGUCAAGACAAGGUUGACAAUCUGAACUCCAGCCUGAGAGCCAUCGAGACAUCAGCAAAUGCUGUGGCGACCGAGCAGGUCAUCGCUCAGAGAACUCUGGCGAGCAGCGAGGAAGCUCUUGAGACGUUGGAGGAGAGCGAAGCGCGAGCUCGCCUCGAGGAGGACAUUGAAGCCCUCAGACAAUCACUGCACUCCAUCGAGUCUAGGCUGCACGAGGUGCAAAAAGAACGAGCAGCAGUGAGAGACACACGAGGGAAGACUCAGCGGGAAGCGAUGAACGAAGCUGCUCGUCUCAACUCCAAGGUCAAGGAGAUCGAUGAGAAGGUUGAGGUCCUCCUAGCUAAGAGGGUGAAGCUCGAAGGCGAACAGAGACAGUUGGACGGGCAGCGGGUGGUCGUCCAUGCACGUGUGAAGCAGUCGAAGAAGUCUGUCACCCCCCUCGAGCAAGAGCGCAAACUUUAUGAGGCCGAGCUGGAGUGGGUGAGGGAGUUCGAGGAGCACUCCUUCAUGCGCCUACAGGAGAAGCACGAGGAGAAGCUCCAGCUGGAGGAAGAGCUGGCGGAGCUGAAGAAGAAAGGGUCGCAGCAGCUCAACGAGCAGAGCGAGGAUGAGAGCAUCGUGCAGGAUGGGCUGAAGGCUGUCAUCGAGCUCAAGGACAAGAUCGUCCUCCAUAAGCAGCACGUGGAGAAGAAGCUCAGGGAUGUGCAAGAGAAGCUGGCGAGCAGUGAAGCCGAGGUUGCGAGCCUAGCUGCCACCAUGCAGGCGCUGGACGGCAAGAUCUUGGAAGCAGACGACGCGGCAUCAGAGUUUGAGGAGAAGUCUGUCACUCUCAAGGCUGACUGGGAGACAAAAGAUCUUGACUGGAGGAGCAGACGCAAAGAGUGCCAGGCUAAGUUGAAGAAGGAGGAGAGAGCUCUUUCUGCUCUCAUGGAAAGCCGCCAAGUCCUCCAGGAAGAGCUCGAUGAAGUGAUCCAGCAGCUCUCCGACCAGAGGCACGCCGCCAGCAACGCCCGGGAGCAACAGGGAGUCCUGAGAGCAGAGAAGUCAGAGUUUGACAAGCUGAUCGCUGGCAUGGAGGCUUCCAUCAACAAGAACUGCGACAGGGAGGACGUUCUUGUCCGGCAGAUCAAGGCUCUCCGCAAGUCCAUCGUCCAGUCGCGCGUCGGCAACAGAUAUCGAGAGAAGAUUGGGGAGACUCGGCACUGA